CCAAGAUAUCGACCGGUUGGGAACACAACCUUUCAUUCCAACGGGCGCGCCCCUCACUCUGGUCUAUCUUGUUGUCCGUCGUACAAAGUCAAACACAAGAGAUAACCAACCCACCUCCUCUUUCUCCCCCCCCACUUCCUGGAACAUCUUCUUCCAGGAAAUCAACAAUCACUGCCCGCCCUACGCACACAGACUCCGCAGUCAUCAUGGACUUCUACACGACGCUCAUCCUGCCGAUCAAGCUGAUCCUCUUCGGCAUCCUCUUCCUGAUCGUCGCGGAGAAAAUGGACCUCACCGUCUCUUCCAAGGACGAAAUCUCCCGAGCCAAAGCCCAAGCAAAAGAAGAAGCCAUAGCAGAGCUCCAAGCACAAGAACAGCAAGUCAAGGCUCGCCUCGCCGCCGUCCGCGCAAGAAGCGACUCCGUCAUGUCCUCCUCCUCCCAAUCCUCCUCGCACUCCUCCUACGCCACUGCCUCUCCUCCCCAGGCGGCGGCGGCGGCGACGGCAGAUCAACGCCCACGCAGCUCCCACUCAAGACGAUCGCACCGCUCGCAGAGCCCUGCCGACCACCCGCUACAACAACUCUCUCGCAAAGCAUCCCCCCUCCCCAGCAGCGGCACCGCCUCCCCAGCAAAGCAAUCCUCCCGCUCGAGCUCCAGCUCCAGCGCGAGCCACGGCCUCCCCGUCGGUGCUAGCUUCUCGGACAUCCUGCAGCGUCGCAGGGCGAAGGACUCGUCGUCGGCGUCUAAGCGGCCGAAGCUGCUCGACAUCCCGAUUGAGAAGAUGGAGAGGAUGGCGAGUGCCGCGGCGGCGAAGGCCGGGAAGAGCAGCUCCAGGAAGCAUGCGAAGACGCCUACUAUGGCGAGUUUCUCGAGGAGGUGAUGAGUUGUGGGUUUGAAAAGAUCGGUUGGAGGAGGAAAGAUACUUAUGUUUGUCAGGGCUUGGGGACCAUGGCGUGUUGGUUCUCUGUUAUGUGGUUAUCA